AUUAAAAGGGAUGGAAUCACAAAGCUUGUUGUGCUCCCUCUUUAUCCACAGUUUUCAAUAUCUACGAGUGGUUCAAGCCUUCGCCUUUUAGAGAGUAUAUUUCGGGAGGAUGAGUAUCUUGUUAACAUGCAACACACAGUAAUACCCUCAUGGUAUCAACGGGAAGGAUAUAUCAAAGCGAUGGCAGAUUUGAUGGAAAAAGAGCUGAAAAGUUUUGAACGUCCUGGGGAGGUGAUGAUAUUCUUCAGUGCUCAUGGGGUACCACUUGCAUAUGUAGAGGAAGCAGGUGAUCCAUACAAGGCUGAAAUGGAGGAAUGUGUGGACUUAAUAAUGGAAGAACUUGAGAAGAGAAGGGUACAUAACGCAUAUACUUUGGCCUAUCAGAGUAGGGUUGGACCUGUUGAAUGGCUGAAACCAUAUACUGAUGAGACAAUAAUUGAGCUUGGGAAGAAAGGGGUUAAGAGUAUUCUUGCCGUGCCAAUAAGUUUUGUAAGUGAGCAUAUUGAGACAUUAGAGGAAAUUGAUGUUGAAUACAAGGAGCUAGCGUUGGAGUCUGGAAUACAGAAUUGGGCACGUGUUCCUGCCCUAGGUGUUGAACCCACUUUCAUCUCAGAUUUGGCAGAUGCAGUGAUUGAAAGUCUUCCAUAUGUUGGAGCAAUGGCAGUCUCAAAUCUUGAAGCUCGUCAGUCAUUGGUUCCUCUUGGCAGCGUGGAAGAGCUAUUGGCAGCAUAUGAUUCACAGCGCAGGGAGCUACCACCUCCUGUAACAGUCUGGGAAUGGGGUUGGACAAAAAGUGCAGAAACGUGGAACGGAAGAGCAGCUAUGUUGGCAGUUCUUGUGCUGCUGGUGCUAGAAGUAACAACUGGAGAAGGCUUCCUGCACCAGUGGGGUAUAUUGCCCUUAUUCCGCUAGCCACGUAGAUCCUACUCUCUCCACUUUCCUCUUUGAAAAGAAAAUCUCUUCCCUCCCAUUCCUGCUGUCUCUUACACAUGCAUAUACACAUACACAUACACUUAAUGGUGGCUGCCUGUUGAGAUGUUGAAAAUGACAGAAAUUGGGAACAAAUUAAGAAAGUUCUAGAAUGUUAGUCAUUAAGAAUGAGCAUCCACUCUUCUGUUACCAUAUUUUUCUUCUUAGUCUUUGCAGCAAAAAAAGCCUUCAUUUCAUUCUCUUGAGGCCAGUGAGCUGGUUUGUGAGAUACACAGUACGUUGGAAUGAAGCAGGGUCCUGAUAGACAGAAAAGGGCAGGAAAGAUCAAGGAUUGUUCGACAAUAAAGAGAAGGAAAACAAAGAAGAGCAUAUUCAUCUUCCAAGGUUUACCAUCCUUUUACAACUUUCAGCAUCUACAGACCACCUGUAAAUUUUCCUCUUGCACGAAAACUUUCUGUCAUAUGAAUCCCGUAUCCAUGUUGUAACAAUUCUGUGUAUCUGAGUGUUGGUAUACAAUGUUGAAAUUAAAUCCCUAAGAAGCAAGAGCAAUACAGUGGCAGAUGUCUACAUUUAAUAUUUCUGCCUAGUAUGUGUGAAGCAACUGGAAAAUAGCUUGCAAUGUUGUGAAUUUUGCUAUGAACGACUUUGAUGCUACAUAGUAUUGAAUCUAA